AUAAACUAUCACAGAUACAGCAAAACUAUUUUCAGUAAUCGCAAGUUGUUGUUAACAUGGAGGUUACUAUAGCUAUUAUUUCGAUAUUAAUCGUUCUGUGGAUUGUAUGGAGAAAGAGAAAACUUUCUUAUUUUGCAAGAUUAAAAAUUCCUGGCCCUCCACCGAAUUUUUUCAAUGGAAAUGUUCAAGAGCUAUAUGAGAAGGGUCCUGCAGUUUGCCAGAAAGAAUGGACUAAAAAAUAUGGAAAAUUGAUUGGAUAUUAUAUUGGAUUAAAACCCAUUCUAUUAAUUUCUGAUCUUGAACUUAUUAAAUUGAUUGAAAUAAAAAAUUUUGCAGAUUUUGCAGACAGAGAUGUAAGUUAA